AUGGCUGGACUGACGUCAGUCCAGAAAAGACUUGAACAGAAGAGUCCCAAUGUGAUUCAAGCUAAGAUGUACCAGAAGCGUGCGUGGGACGAGCUGGACGUGUGGCACUCGUGUAUUGCGGCGUUGGAGGUGGACAUGCUGGACUUGGAGAAACCGGAGGAGGUUCUGAUCCUCACUGAGAGACUGGUGGAGGUCCAGCAGCUCCACUCCCUGCUGGCCAAACAGGCGGAGCAGAGGACCACCCUCCUCAGCAAGAUCCACACGUGGCUUCAGGAGCAUAAGGAGAUGAUCAGCAGCUCCAAGAGCUGGAUGACCGAGGCCAAGUCGUGGCUCGCUACGCCCUACACCUACACCACCGCUAAAUGUCUGAGCAGCCAUGUCCACACGCUGCAGAUGGUGCUGGACGACUCGGCACAAAUCCGAGCCACGCUGCAUGGCUUCGGCUCGGUCCUGAAGGAAAUGUCUCAGGUCUGCGACGUCACAACUCUCCAGGAGCAGCUGGACGAAGCCGAUCAGCAGGUGGCCGUCGUUCAGGACGGCUUCACUGCUCCUCUGUCUCACCUGGGCGACGCUGCUGCUGAGGUGGAAGCCAUCGAGAGUGAAGUCAGACGGAUGGAGAACGAUGUCGUUGAGGUCAAGACCUUAUUAACGUCUCCGGAGACUUUCCCCAGCCCCAGAGAAGAAGGUCUCAAGGUCAUUGAGCAGAGGAUCCAGUCCAUGAGGAGGACCAUAGCUGAGAUCCAGAAGUGUAAACCAGGCCUUUGUCUUCCAGAGAAGGCUGAAGAGACUUUGGUUGUCUUCACUGUAGUGGACCGGCUCCAGACUCUGCUGCUGGAACUGGAGAAGAAGGUCCCUGCUCUGUUCAUCCAGCAGCCUCAGACUCCGGUCCAAGCCAAAGCCCAGUCAGCUCAGAAGACGACCUCUCCGACCCAACUCCUGAAAUCCACCUCACAGGAGGCUGAGGAGGACGUGGAUCAGGGACAAAUCACAAUUGUCCACGUUAAAGAGGAUGUUCUGACGGGAUCCGGAGCCUCACUGCUGACUGUGGAGCAGUCCUCGCCUGAACAGAGACAGACCUGGACACCUGACAGCCCUCAGAGGGAGAAUCCUGGGGAGAAAACAGGGAGUCAGGAGCAGAGAGAGGAAGAAGGUGGAGGAGGAGGUGUUAUGUGGUGGCUCUGGGAUGCUUUCUUGGCCGCUUCGCCAGAGGUACCUGUGGUUCUUCACCCAGAAGAGGCUGAAGGUGCCUCUGGACAAAACACUGAAGAGACUGGAGAAGAUAAACAGGAUGUUGAGGGCUCCGCUGAAGCAUCUUCACCUGAAGCUUUAUCAAACCCCGCGGCCACAGUCACAACUCAGUCACUGCCUGCGAGCAUGGUAAACACAGCCUCCACCGUUAAGGUCUCCAAACCCGACUCGCCCCAGCAGAAAUGUGUAGUCUCCUAG